AUGAAGAAGAAGAAACCCAAAAAGUCUCCGACCAAAGCAUCGCCUAGCUCAACCUCGAAAUCGCCGCCGAAGUCUGCGAAGGCCUCGUCUCAGACGAAAUCGAUCUCUGAUGAAAAGGUCUUACCUGAAUCGGACCCUACGAUUGUUUCUGAUGCCCGUCUCGACCCUGUGGCCGUCCCGGUUGCUCAACAAUCGUCUGAAACUGUAGAUCUGGAUACUCACCAAAGCGUCAUCCCGACACCAGAGACAGUGAUCGCCGUUAAAUCGGCUGAUCCAUCUCCAGUUUGCGUUGACACUGACACCACAAACAAAGAGUCGAGCUCCGGUGGUAAAGACCUAAGCUCCUCUGAAACAGCCCUGGAAAAGGAACCCCGUCUGCAAACCGACAUCUCCUCCGGUGAAAUGUUAGAAGUAGCGAAUGCUGAUGCCAAGGUGUUAACUUUGAGCUCGCAGGAUGCUGAAUCUGCACCUCUUUUGGCUCCUCUAGCUGAUCGAGUAACAGAGAAAAUGAAGAACAAGCCAGUACCAGGUGAUGAAAUAAACGCAGUUCCGGCGGAAGCUCCUGCUCCUCCUCAGAACAAGACUUCGGAGGACACCUGGUGUGCUCACGCAAGAGGAAAGCGCCUCUCCAGGAAAGGUGAAGCUUUCACUCUCCCUACGGGUGAGGCGUGUAUUAUGAUCCCCAAUUCUGUGAUUGAGAAGAACCGGAAGUCUUGGGAACCUUUCGUCCUGGGCCAGUUCUAUUCGGACCCUCCCUCUCAAGGCACGCUUCAUAACAUAGUUAACGGUAUUUGGAGCAGGAACUACAGAGAUAUUGCAGUGUCGAUAAUGGAAGGCUUCGCUUUUCUUUUCAGAAUUCCGAAUGCAGCAACUCGUCAUAGGGUCAUCACUCAGCGUCUAUGGCAAAUCGAAGGUCAAACUAUGUUUGUAGACAAAUGGGAACCGGGAGUGGUGCCGUCAAAGCCUGAGCUCAAGUCGGCUCCUAUCUGGUUGGAGCUCCGAAAUGUUCCUCUUCAGUUCUUCAAUGAAGACGGGCUGGAACGUAUCGCUGGCUUGGUAGGUCACCCGAAGUUCUUGCAUCCCUCAACUGCCAACAAAACAAAUCUCGAAGUUGCAAAGGUCUUCACUAUAAUUGAUCCUAGGAAGCCGCUUCCAGAAGCCGUGAAUGUUCAGUUUCAGUCGGGAGAAGUCAGCAGAGUGUUGGUUUCUAGUCCGUGGAUGCCGCCAGUUUGUGAGCUUUGUAAGGAAGUGGGGCAUGUUUCAAAGAGAUGCCCAUCUGCGAUCAAGUCCUGCUCUCACUGUAACCUAGAGGGUCAUGUCUACGAGAAGUGCCCGCAGAACAAGAAAAGCGAACCCAAAGGAAAGAAAACUCGAAGGGGAAGAUCAAAGGAGAAGCAGGUUUGGAAAGUAGUUGAACAAUCAGACAUUAACAAGGUUGAGAUACAACCUCCUGCCUCUAGCGAGGGAGCAAACUUGCAGAAGGAGGUGGUGCACACAGAGGUUGCGCUUACCUCAAAGCUUGGUACAGAGAAAGAUAAGGUGGUUGGGGAAUCGAGUGCUACACCGUCCUAUCUGCUACCUGUAAGAUCAAAGAGUCGUUCUGGUCGCUCAGCUUCUGGUAUCUCGAUUUCAUCUCACUCUGAUAUUCAGCCUGAUUCUUCGGAUGUGGAGACAUCAGACUCGGACUUAGAGGAAGGUGAGCUAAGUAAGCACGACAUGGAACUUGGAUAUCAGAUUGGAUGGUUGACUGACGACAACUAUGGUUUCUCCCCGCUGGGGAAGAUAUGGCUUGUCUGGCACCCCUCCCUCUUGGUCACUAUUAUAUCCAAGUCCCUUCAAAUGAUCACGGCUGAGGUUACUUGGCCUUCUCUGCAAACAAAUGUGUUCAUCUCGGUUGUCUACGCUUCUAACGAUCCGAAGGAGCGCUCUCUUCUGUGGUCUGAGCUGACAGAUUUAGCUACUUCUCAAGGUAUGGAUGAUAAACCCUGGCUUAUACUAGGCGACUUUAACCAGAUCAGAGACCCCAUGGAACACUCCCUGCCUCCAACACUCAAUAUGGACAAGAGGAUUCGAGAGUUCAACCAAUGCCUCUUGGAUGCAAGCGUGGAAGAUCUUAACUUCAGAGGCACAACUUUUACCUGGUGGAACAAGAGGAAACUUGCACCUUUGGCUAAGAAGCUUGACAUGAGCUUGGUAAAUGAUGAAUGGUACAAUAUUUUUCCUUCUUCUGUGGCCUUUGUCGGCACUCCAGGUUUCUCGGAUCACGCAGUCAUCACUGUCGUUCUGGAGCCGCAGAAGAUAAGGUCUAAGAAGCCUUUCAGAUUCUACAAUUAUCUCACGCUAAACUCGGACUUCCUUGCGACUGUCUGCACCAAUUGGUAUUCGUUCAACGUCACUGGAUCCGCUAUGUACCGGGGACACAACUACUCGGGAAUUGAGAAGAAAACUGCUCAGGCACAGGAAAGACUGCAACAGGCGCAGCAAGCAAUGCUCUCCCUUCCUUCAUCUUCUAAUGCUGCUAUAGAGCUCCAGGCUCAGCAUGAAUGGGAAGAGUUAUCUGUAGCGGAGACAGCUUUCUUCUAUCAGAAAACGAGCAUAAACUGGCUCCAGUAUGGCGAUGGUAACUCCAGGCUUUUCCAUCGUUAUGCAGCCUCCCGACAGGCCAUCAAUCACAUUCACUUUCUACUAACAGACACGGGCGACAGGGUGGAGACUCAGGAUGGUAUACAAGCUCUCUGUAUCGAUUAUUUUCAUGAGCUAUUGGGAAGCCAGGUAGCGGAACCGAUGUUCAUUCAAUCCGAUCUUGACCUGCUUUUUGACUUCAAAUGCUCGGCUGAUGAGGUUAUGUCCUUUCAAAAGCCCUUCUCUGCGGAGGAUAUAAAGGAUGCGUUUUUCUCUUUACCAAAGAAUAAAUCAGGAGGACCGGAUGGAUACUCAUCGGAGUUCUUCAUGGCUACAUGGUCUGUUGUUGGGGCUGAGGUAACCGAGGCAAUCUUCGAAUUCUUCAAGUCUGGAAAAAUUCUUAAGCAGUGGAACGCAGCAAAUCUGGUCCUUAUUCCUAAGAAGCUAAACGCGGCUGUAACAACAGAUUUCAGGCCGAUUUCUUGUCUCAAUACUGUUUAUAAGGUCAUAGCCAAGCUGCUAGCCUCGAGGCUGAAGGAGAUCCUCCCGGCGGUGGUUUCAAAUUCCCAAUCCGCUUUCCUCCCGGGAAGACUGCUGGCAGAAAAUGUAUUACUGGCCACUGAGCUUGUAAACGGGUACAACACUCAAGCUCUCUCCCCUAGAGGCAUCUUAAAAGUAGACUUGCGGAAAGCUUUCGACUGUGUGCGGUGGGACUUCCUUUUAGCCGCUCUUCGGGCUAUUGCAAUUCCUGAAAGCUAUAUCUGUCUUAUCUCCGAAUGUCUAUCUACGGCGUCAUUCUCGGUGUCAGUCAACGGAGCCACCAGAGGUUUCUUUCAAAGCACCAAAGGAAUACGGCAGGGGGAUCCGCUCUCGCCUUAUUUGUUUGUGCUUGCGAUGGAGGGACUAUCUAGAUUACUUCUCUCGCGAUAUGAAGAAGGUCUGAUUGGCUAUCAUCCAGGGACAGUGAACCUCAAGAUUUCUCAUCUAAUGUUCGCCGAUGAUGUUAUGGUAUUUUUCGAUGGAACCAGUAGCAGCUUACAUGGAAUAUCUGAGUGUCUUGAUGACUUCGCUACAUGGUCUGGCCUCCAAAUGAACCCUUCGAAGACGGAGUUGUUCACCUCAGGAAUCGACCAAACGGAAUCAGCUGCUAUUGUUAGCUACGGAUUCCCUUCUGGUAAGUUCCCGGUGAGAUACCUAGGUCUUCCUCUCAUGAGCAGGAAGCUAAAAAUCUCAGAGUACGCUCCAUUAGUGACCAAGAUUACUGCGAGAUUUCAAUCCUGGUCUGCAAAGAUCUUGUCGUUUGCUGGGAGAUUACAGUUGUUAAAGACAGUAAUAUUUGGCAUUGUAAGCUUCUGGUUAUCAGCUUUUAUUCUUCCGAAAGGAUGUAUCAAGAGCAUCGAAUCGCUAUGCUCCAGGUUUCUGUGGUCAGGAAAUAUAGAGAAGAGGGGAGUUGCAAAAAUCGCAUGGACUACAGUCUGCUUACCUAAAGACGAAGGAGGCCUUGACCUUAGGAAUUUCUCUAUUUGGAAUCAGAUGGUAGAAGCUUCAUCAUCGGACUCUUGGGUCUGGAAAAAGCUUCUCGAUCUGAGACCAUUGGCUCUUCAGUUCUGUAAAAUCAGAUUGGGUGAUGGCAAGAGCGCAAGUUUCUGGUAUGAUGUGUGGUCUCUUUUUGGCCAGUUGAUAAAUCACAUUGGACUCUCUGGUCCUAGAGCUCUGCGUGUACGACAUAACGCGGUGGUGGCGGACGCAAUAAAUGGUCAAAAUUGGUUGCUCCCGCAACCUAGAUCCCAAAAGGAAGUGGAGCUCCACAUUUUUCUUACAACUAUUUCCUUGCCUCUUUCUUUGAAUGAGAAUGAUGUUUAUGAAUGGCAUGCUGGUGAUACUUCUUUGCUUGAUUUCAGGUCCUCCUCCACGUGGGAAGUGCUGAGACCGAGAGAGGAAGUUAAAGACUGGGUGGACGUUGUAUGGUUCAAAGGUGCGGUUCCAAAGCUAGCGUUCACGAUGUGGGUUACAAAUCUAGACAGGCUGCCGACUAGAGCGAGACUUGCUGCGUGGGGACUUCCUGUCUCACCUACCUGUCCACUCUGUUCCACUCAUGAUGAAACCAGAGAUCACCUAAUGCUUGCCUGCGCAUUCAGUAGGGAGGUCUGGCGCGAGGUGCUCACCAGAUGCCGAUCACCACAUGCUAUCUUUACCUGUUGGGCUGAGCUUCUCUCUUGGAUCAGGUCGCCUACCUCAAAGAAGUUCACCCUGUUGAGGAAAUUGGCGGUUCAGACUGUCACCUUUCACUUGUGGAAGCAGCGAAAUAAUCUUGUUCAUAAUCAAGCAUCAAUUCCGGCUUCAGCAGUGUUCAAAGGAAUUGACAAAGAACUGAGGAACAUAAUCUCAGCCAGGAGAUCUAGGAAAAGUUUCAAGACUAUCAUGACAAUGUGGUUGAGAUAG